AUGCUGCAGAGAGACCUCCUUCCGCCGCUGCAGCAAAAGGUAAGCGACGCGGUGUCCAGGCUUGGUGACAAGGAUGUCAUCGGCAUGCUCUUGGCCGGUUCUUGGGAUUCCGUACCUGAGGUUUCUGCGCAGUUUCGUUUGCGCCUUGGCCCAGAUCUAGCCGAUGCAGUCGCCACGGAGGAGCUUCCAGGGAUGCUGCGACUGCUCACUGCAAUGCCGGACACCGUCGCUGCAGCACAAGGCGACUGGGCGGACGAACCCAGUGGUCAGCUGCUCAUGGCAUUGCGGCAGAAGGUUUUGACGACAGUUUCGUCGAUGACGUGCUCGGAUCUGGCUGACUGCUUCUGGUGCUUAGCAGAAGCUGGGCUCGCAUCCUUGCCGCUGCAGCAUGCCGUCACAGAACUGGUGGCGCGGGAGGCGCCACGUUGGCGACGGAAGUCCUACGACCCACCGCUUUGGCAGUUUCUCUAUGCCUUUGCAAGGAUGCAGGUGCAGGACUGCAUGGUCGCGCAGCUCUCAAUUCCAUUAGAGAGUAGCUAUCGAUGGAAGCAGGCCUACUGGUCUUGGGGUUGUGAUCGGCGAAUCGCAGCAAUGUUACAAGACGGAGGCCUGGCUCGCAUUUUGAUCACCAAGACCUUCUUCGAGGUGGCGCCAUUGACACCGAAAGUGAAGCGUUCGCAGUCGUGGCCGCGAGAUCCCGAGAGGCGUGAGUCGAUCUAUUCGGAGAGCUGGUCAUGGACCGGGUCGGAGGUCUCCGAGACAUGCAAACAGAGUCCAAGCCCUCAUGGUCGGCAAGAAGUGGACAUGCACAUGGAGUCAGCCAGCCCUUCUGCUUGGAAUGACGUGUAUGGACUGCCUGCCGAGCAUCCUGGGUGGGAGAUUGCUUCUAAGCUCAUGAUCCGUAACCUGCCAGCCAGGUGCUCGCAUGAAGAGCUUGAGAAGUUCGUCAAGGCUUCCACAGGUGCCACCUUCCAACUCUCAAUGCCUUUGAACCAGAGUGGAAGGAAUCGUGGAUACGCUUUCAUCAUCGUCUCGGACAUCUCAUCCCUUCGCGAUCUGGUGAGUGCUUUGUGGGGCAAGCGUGUGCCAAGCAGGAACAGCAUGCGCCCAAUUAUGCUGCAGCCGGGAAACUGGGAUCAGAUGCGUCGGCGAUCUUUGGCGUGA